UACCAAGCUGAACCUCGUUAUCCAUCUCAACCACUUCCUGCACAGCCUCAGCUGCGUGGUGCGCAUGAUGUUCCAGGACAAAGAGUGGAACCAACCCGUGGAGGUGAUCCUAGGAUACCUGACUUCAAGGAAGGUGAGGAUCCUGAAAGUUUCUUCAUACGUUUUGAACGCAUAGCUAAAACAUGGGGAUGGCAACCAACUGAAUGGGCUGCUAGAGUGGUCACAUUAUUGACUGGAAAAGCACUGGAGGCCUAUGCUGGUAUGGAUGAAGACCAGUCUGACUCUUAUGAAUCUAUUAAAGCUGCUGUGCUAUCUAAGUUUAAUGUGACAGAAGAGACUUACAGAUACCGGUUUCGAAGCACCAAUGUACCUGUGGGAGAGAGUGUACGUGAAACCUACAGUCGGAUAAAGGGACUCUACAAGCGAUGGAUGCGGCCUGACAGUCGGAGUAAAGAAGAGAUCGGGGAAACCAUCAUCUUGGAGCAGUAUCUACGUGUGCUUCAUCCAGACGUCCGCACAUGGGUGAAGGAGAACAAUCCAAAGACCGGAGAGGAAGCUGCAGAUCUGGCUGAACGUUACUUGGCUGCUCACAGAGAACCUUCAAAGUCAAGAGUAACUGUGGGGAGACCAAGGUUUGUGGAGGUAAAACCUCCAGAUGCAAUAAAGACUGACAACUUGGACAUGAGGGGUGGUCAAACACAUUGUCCGGUGUUUGGUAGACCUUUUCUCCAGAGUUGGUAUCCCAAAGGAGAUUCUAACUGAUCAAGAGAAGUACCACAAGCCUCAACUGGUUUUUCUCCUUUUGAGU